GUGGCCGUUUACGUAGAGACACAACACUAAGUCAAGGAAACGAUUUCGAACUCGUCCCGGAAUCUCUUUGGAAAGCCCUCCAACUCUGGUACGGGUGUUCUCUCCCCCUCCCGCGGCAAGUAAUCAAACCCCCAAACUCCCCGGACGUCGAACUCGAACUUUACCCAUUAAAUUUACGAAUACUCCAACAUCACAAUCAAUCCUCAUCAACAUCCGGUUCUCCAGCGACUUGGAAUAGCAUCGUCGGGGGUUAUGGUGCGGCCGCUUUGAGUACAGCGGGAAUUACGAGCACCCCAGUGGCUCCCCCAAGGCGAUAUCUCGCCCAUACAGCCGCUUUCUCCCGAUUAUCAAACGUCAGACAGGUUAUUGAAUUUUUAGGCGCACGCUUAUUAUUUCGAACCGAAGAUAUCCGAUUAUGGCACGUUAAGGAGGGAUCAACGAUACUUUUAGAAGACGAAACAUCGACGUUACAAGAUUUGGGAAUCGGAGAUAACGAACAAAUCCUUUUGGAGGUUCGAAAUAAAGAUUUAACAUGGCCCGAAGAGUUAGGCGCGUUGGUUAGUGGCAACACAGCCGUUCAAUCACUAAUUUCAUCCGAACGAAGACCCACGAUAACACUCCCACCCGGCGCUACGGGUUUACACAACUUAGGAAACACGUGUUUUAUGAACGCUGCGUUACAAGCCGUAUCAAACACGCGCCCAUUAACGUUAUAUUUCCAAAGAGAUCUGCAACUUUGCGAGUUAAACUCGGUGAAUCCCCUCGGAACUAAAGGACAAGUCGCGAAGAGAUACGCCGAGUUGUGCAGGGAUUUAUGGGCGGGCUCAACUCGCAGCGUGGCCCCUUUAAAAUUAAGAUAUUGCGUAACUAAACAUGCUCCGCAUUUGGGUGGAGGGGGACAACACGAUUCUCAAGAAUUAUUAGCUUGGUUGUUGGAUUCGUUGCAUGAGGAUUUAAAUCGCGUCCCAAAAAAGCAAUAUUCCGAGUUGAGGGAUUCUGAUGGAAGACCUGAUGAGGUUGUGGCACAAGAAGCCUGGAGCCAACAUUUAGCGCGGGAUCAUUCUAUAAUUACCGAUUUAUUUUAUGGGCAAUUAAAGAGUAAGGUUAGUUUAAAAAAAAAUAGAAUUAACUCGUAAAACGUAUUGAAUGAA